AAACGGAAUCCACUGGCCUGGGUGGGGGAAGGCGGCGAAUUCAAGCCCUAUAUUCAACAUAAUUUGGGGGGUUAUUUCCGGAACCCAGCCAACAUAUGCAAUCUUAUCAUUAAUCCACUCUCGGGGAUGAAAUUGAACCUAGGUUGGAAGAAUAAAGGUUCUUCACACUGAGUUGAAGAUGUCUGGAACAAGCACGAUGGCCCAGAGCUCACUCUACAAGUCUGUCCUGGCGGGCGAGAUGGAGAUAGACCCAGAGUUGUGCAACCUUAGCUCCAGUCUCAGCACCCCUUUCUACCUCGGGCAUGAGAAGCUACUGGGUCCACUGCCCCCUCUACCAGCAUGGAUGCUAGACACACCCAUGUACAGUAAACUACCCAUGGUCCCAGCUCCCAAGGGAAGGAUUGUGCUCGCCACUACCGGUCUGUGCAAGAAGCUUCAUCAAACCCCCGAUGACCUUGACUUUGACCCCGUGGCUGCCGGACUGUACUGGGAAUAUCAGAGUCUUCAUGAUCCGCAUCUAAAGAGCUACUAUACAACGCGGGCCACCUAUGACAGACUCAUCAAAUCAGGAUAUAUCACACCAGAUGGAAUGGUGAAAUGCACCUUGAAAGAGUUCAAUGAGUACCACCAGUAUCUGAAAUCAGUUCAACUUGAGAAAAUCACUCAGGAGAGAAAGAAAAUGUUGCUUGAAGAAAGAGAACGCCUCAACCGGCAGCGCAAACAAAGCAUUCGUAAGGAUGUUAGCGAGAGAGACAGGCUUAUCAAAGACUCUCUCAUUAAACAGAAACAAGUUAGAGAGAAAGAAAGGAAAAAGUUGUCUCGUAAGCUGCAGAGAGAUUACAGGAAGACUAUGAUUAGAUUGGUGGAGCAGCGCCGCAAGAAAACAGCUCUUCAGCAGAGCGCACGGCAGGAGAGUGAGGAAAAACAUCACAAUAUCAGGAGAACUCUGGAAGCAGAGGCUAUAACAAAGAAGACCUUGAUAAAAACUAAAAGAACUGCUGAGGAGAUGCGAAGAAAAGAGCAGUUGAAAGUACAACGCAAAACAAUGAAGGAGGAAAAAGAAAUGAAGUUAGAAGAGCAGUGGUUUCGACGUGAGCUGGGUCGAGCUAAAAGAAUGAUGAAAGAUAGAAUCAAGUUGGCUCAGAUGAAAGCAGAGAUAAAUCGAGGAGUGGAAAUAAGAGAACAAAUGGUUGCUAAGCAAAGAGAAAAACAACAAGAUAAUCUUGCUCAUAUUAAAAAACAACGCCAGAAGUCAGCUUUGAAAAAAGAGGCCUUCAUUGCUGAGCACCUAGAGAAGAAAGUAGAGGGCUUAUGUCGGAAAUACACUGCUGGACCAAAACGUGGUAAGAGGUGCUUUCCUCUGAUCAACCCUAAGCUAACAACCAACAUGACGACAUGGAACAUCAAGGAGAGAGAGGGGAGUAGACCUGAUACCACACAUGCAGAUAAACUACCUCCCAUCAUCUUAUCAGAAGAAUCAGGAGUAGACAGAAGGCAGGACGGCCCGCCCUCUAGGGUCCUCUUUGAUACAUCUUCUCUGCCAUCUGUUCAGUCUUCAGUUGUAUCAACGGGGGAUGCUCCAGCGUCUAUUCCUGAGGUCCUGGACUCCUUCGAUCUUGUUGCUAGGCAACUUGUCUCCACGGUAUUCAAGGAGCUGAGGGCUGACCAGGAGUUUGUGAAUGUGGAAUGGGAAGAGGGGAAUGACGGGACAUGGAAGACCGAUGAACAGAAGGACCAGCCUGGCUUGGAAAGGUCUGGCAGUCCACCUGUUUAUAUUGACGUGAGUAUAUCACCAGAUUUGUUUUUUCAGUGGAAAAAGUGAAAGUCUCACAAUAUUAAUGUCCGUAGGAUAUAUCAACACAAAGAAAUGUUUUAACUUGUUCUGAUAUAUAAGCACAUAUGUUACAAUUUCAAGUUCAUCAAUUUUUUAUCAUCAUUUAUCCUGAACUGAUUCUUGUCGUUGUCUUGCCGACGACACUAGGUCAAAAAUUACUUUUUUUCUUGGCUGUCUCAAAAAUAGGGGUGCGCCUUACACACAGAGAUUUAAGGUACAUGUAACUGAGCUAUAUAAAUUGAUCUCAUUAUUUAUUCUUAAUAUUCGUUUUCUGCACAAAAUAUUUCUAAAUACUCGUACAAUAGUGGUAAAA